CAGCUCGCGGUUUGUUUGAGGGGAGGGGGCGGGAGUGAAGAUGGAGGCAGCGGCUGGGGGCCUGGAUGAGAGAAGCAGCAGGGAACUAUGGACCAUUUUAAAUGGACGCUCAGCUCUGAGAAGCACUGCACAGAUAAAAUUCCAACUCGAUCGAUAUGGACAGCGAUUUGUCAAAGGCCUUGCGUACUACAAAGCUCCCAGCACGAGUUCUGCAGACAAAGUGAAAGCGAACAAGACUCUGGCUCCUGCCAUAAGUGAACUUGGCUUGCGUAUCAGUAAAUUCUUGGGUCUGGAUGAAGAACAGAGUGUGCAGCUGUUACAGUGCUACCUCCAGGAUGAUUACAGGGGUACACAGGACUCCAUAAAGCUGGUGCCCCAGGAUGAGAGGCAGAGCCAGGCCUUAAUGUUGAAGAUGGCUGAUUAUUACUAUGAAGAAAGAAUUUGUAUGUUGCGCUGUGUCCGGCACCUAUUGACAUAUUUUCAAGAUGACAAGUACCCAUACAGGGAGCAGUUUGGAGAAUGUGUGGAGAUGCUGCACCAGAACGAUAUCAUAGGACAGUAUCGCAAACAGCUGGAAAGUCUUUUCAAGGAAGAUGCACCAACAUGGGAAACACACGGAAACAUCAUGACGGAACGCCAGGUGUCCCGCUGGUUUGUGCAGUGUCUGCGUGAGCAGACCAUGCUGCUGGAGAUCACCUUCCUGUACUACGCCUACUUUCUCAUGUCUCCUAGCGAAUUACUUGCAUUCACCAAACUGUUUAAAGAGCAAGGCUUUGGGCUGAGGCAGCAGAACCGGCAUCUAGUGGAGCAAAGCAUGGACCCUCUAGUUGAGAGAAUUGGAUACUUUUCCGUCUUAAUUUUCUUGGAAGCAAUUGACAUAGACUCUCUGCAGGAUUGUGCUUUUAGAGACCAGACCAAGAAGCAUCCAUUUGCAUCGGAAAAACAGGUCUGCAAGGACAUAGACAAUGUUUUGCUUACCUUUGGUGACCUCCCACACCAUGCCCCAGUCCUUCUGGCCUGGGCUCUACUUCGGCACACACUGAGCUCUGAUGAGGCCGAAACAGCCAUUCGUAAAAUGGGCAACACUGCCAUCCAGCUUCAUGUCUUCCAGUAUCUGACAAACAUGCUGAAGUCACUCGGUAGUAGUGAACAUAAUUGUACCAGCAGCACAGCGUGUGUCUGUAUCUACAGUCUGCUAUGCUUUGUGUUGACUACGCUGGAGGAACACACACUGGGAAAACAACAGGAUGUUAUUGACACCGCUUGUCAAGUCUUCUCUGCUCCAAACCUGUCGGAUCUUUUUUGGAACACUGAGCCUUCAAUGGGUUUAGGUGUCCUUUUGGACAGUGCUGUUGGGAUAUUUCCAAAUCGCCUCUCUCCUCUCCUCCAGCUCCUCACUGCCCUGGUCUCCAAGUCUUCCGUAAAGAAGGUAUACAUGUUCCUGGAUAAGAUGUCGUUGUACACAGAACAUUUCAAACAUAAGCCACAUGAUGUAAUAACACAUGAAGAUGGGACUCUGUGGAAGAGAAAAUCUCCUAAACAUCUUUAUGCAUUAGGAACUGGACAGACCAACUUAAAUAUACCUCAAGGAGCCAUUGGACAAGUGAUCUCUAAUGAACGUGGCUUUGUGAUUCGCUGGGAUUUCUGUUACAGCAGCUGGACUCUCUUUACCUGUGAGAUCGAGAUGCUCCUCCAUGUUGUUUCCACAGCAGAUGUGAUCCAGCACUGUCAGAGAGUGAAGCCCAUUCUUGACCUUGUUCAUAAAGUCAUCAGUGCAGACCCGUCAAUUGCAGACUACCUGCUUCCCAUCACGUCUCGCAUCUACAUGCUUCUACAGAGGUUAACAACUGUGAUGAGCCCUCCAAUGGAUUUUAUUUCCUCUUGUGUCAAGUGUCUGACUGUACUAGCCACAUGCAUACCAGCUAAGGUUUGGGCAGAUUUGCACCACACGGGUUUCCUUCCAUUUGCGCCUAAUCCAGUUUCUGGUCAAAUAAUGAGUGAAGGGAUGAAUGCCGGCGGCUAUGGGACACUCCUUGGGAUCGAGCAGUCUCAGGGUGAAUACGCUGUCACAAUUUCUUUUCUGCGUCUUGUAACCACAUUAGUCAAGAGUCAGCUCGGAAGCACUCAGAGCCAAGGAUUAGUUCCCUGUAUCUUAUUUGUUCUGCGAGAAAUGCUGCCUAAUUACCAUAGGUGGCGCUACAACACCCACGGAGUGAGAGAACAACUGGGCUGCAUGAUAUUAGGAUUAAUUCAUGCCAUCCUUAACCUGUCUGAUGAUACUUCACACAGCAGUGCCCCAAACCUGCAGUCAUUAUGCAUCUUUAGUUUGACAAACACAGAAGCCGGACAAGCUGUCAUUAACAUCAUGGGAAUUGGAGUAGACACCAUCAAUACGGUCAUGAUGUCUCAGGCAGGCAGCAGCGACUCAGAGGGUCAGGGACAGAUGCUAAUACAGACUGUGAAGCUGGCCUUUUCCAUCACCAAUAAUGUCAUCCGACUGAAGCCCCCUGCUAGUGGAAUCUCCCCUUUGGAGCAGGCACUUACCCAGCAUGGGGCCCAUGGGAACAAUCUAAUUGCUGUCCUGGCAAAGUACAUCUACCACAAGUUUGACCCUUCACUGCCACGGUUGGCUAUCCAACUACUGAAACGCUUGGCCACAGUUUCUCCCAUGUCCGUGUACGCUUGCUUGGGUAGUGAUGCCGCUGCCAUCCGUGAUGCCUUCCUCAUCCGUUUGCAGUGUAGCAUUGAGGACCUGCAGAUUAAGGUCAUGAUAUUAGAGUUCCUUACUGUUGCCGUAGAGACCCAGCCAGGUCUCAUAGAACUCUUCCUAAACCUGGAGUUGACCAAUGCAAGCGAUGGAUCAAAGGAGUACAGCCUGGGCAAGUGGAGUUGUCUGCAGGUUGUACUAAACCUGAUUGACUUUCAGAAAUCCGAACGCUUCUGGAGCACCCCUCAGCUGCAUCGCUCCGCUAUUGCGUUCUUGCAUGCAAUAUGGCAGGACCGACGUGAUAGUGCAAUGACUGUCCUGAGGACAAAGCCCAAUUUCUGGGAGAACCUGACAAGUCCUUUGUUUGGAACCCUUGUACCACCUUCGGAAUCAUCGGAGCUCAGUGUUCUAGAAACCUGUGCCUUCAUCAUGAGAAUAAUCUGUCUGGAGAUUUUCCAUGUUGUCCGGGGUUUCAUGGAUAGUGCGUUGAAAGGUGUUCUGAAGAAGUUCUCUGAGAAGAAGAGAUUCAAGUACUGGUCAGAAUAUGUUCACUCACUGGUCUGUAGGGAGGCCGAAGCAGAAGGAAGUUGUGCCUCUCCACCGGAGUACCAGAUGUUAAUCUCCGCUUGGAGGAUGUUUCUCAUCAUCGCUGCAAACAAUGCUGAGGUGAUGCACUUGACAGAUGUAGAUGUCCAGCAGCAGCUGUUCCAUCAGGUCCUGAAUGACACUCAAACGCUGCUUCUGGUUCCUGGCUCUGUAGCCUGCGUGCAGCUCGGAUCCAUGCUGUGUACUCUGAUGAUCAUCCUGCUCAGAAAGUGGAGGAAGGCAAUGGGCUCACCAGAGGAUAUCCUUCCACCUCUUACACAAAUUUUGGAAGGAAUUCUUCAGAUAGACUCACAGCAGAUGGAAAAAACAAAAUCCCGAGUGUUCUCUGCCCUGAUAUAUGUUCUAGAAAUAAAGCAGAUGAAAGCCAGUGAGAUACCCCAGUAUGAGCAGCUGGUACUCAACGUAUGUACAACCCUUCAGAAUGAGGUGUUGGUGCUCAAUGAUCAGACACGCGUUGCUCUGAAAGCAGGAGAUGGCGUUGAGGACAAGGAUAGUAUGGAGACUGAGGAAACCCCACGUAUGCAGCAGAAAGAUCAACGUGAUGGGGUUUGUGUCCUCGCAUUGUACCUGGCCAAGGAGCUGUGCCAGGCAGACGAAGAUGGAGAACAGUGGUUACAUGUGAUCAGGAAACUCCCUGUGCUGCCAAUGCUUUUCAGUGCCUUGGAGGUCAGCCUGCAGGUCAAGCAAAACCUCCAUUUUUGUGAGGCCACCCUUCACCUCCUCUUCACACUGGCUAAAACCCACCAGGGAGCCUCGGCCUUGGCAGGAGCUGGUGUAGCACAAAGUGUUUGCUUGCCUCUGCUGAGCGUGUAUCAACAAAGCAGCAAUGGAGUUGGCUCAACGACACAGCCAGCCAUGUCCUCACGCAAAAUCCUGGAUGCUCCCUCCUGGCCCGGUGUGUACCGCCUGACGGUGUCACUCAUGGAAAGAUUGCUAAAAACCUUGAGAUAUAACUUCCUUAGGGAGGCUUUGGACUUUGUUGGCGUUCACCAGGAUAGAAUAUUGCAGUGUCUGAGUGCAGUGCGCACCGUGCAGAGCCUGGCCUGUCUGGAAGAGGCUGACCACACAGUUGGGUUCUUGCUGCAGCUCUCCAACUUUACGAACGAAUGGCAUUUCCAUCUACCUCAGUUAAUGAAGGAUAUCGAGGUGAACCUGUGUUAUCUGUGCCAGUCAUGCACCUCACUUUUACACAGCCGCAAAAUGCUUCAGCAUUACUUACAGAUAAAGAAUGGAGAAGCUGUCGCCCAGACGACCACUCCUCGUCCAUUUCGUGGGCCUCAGACUCCUUCUAAACAGCCGACUGCUGAGACUGAGGCUCUGGAGUUUAAGGCCUUAAGAUCUGUACAAUACAGUCUCCUAAAGAUCCUGAGCAAGACUCUAGCCUCUCUGAGAGCAUUCACACCAGACCUCUGCCACAUUCUGCAGGUCCAGCCGCUGGACCUAGCACAGUUCCAUCUCCUCUUCUCUUUGAAUUUCACAACUCCAGCCUUUGAUACAGAUGUUACACCCUCCUUUGGGACUCUUCUGGCCACAGUGAAUGUGAUGCUCAACAUGCUGGGAGAGAAGAAAGAUCUGCCUAUACUCCAUCAACCUUCUUUCGCUACGGCUGAAGAAAACAAGAAUAUGAAGUACCUGCAACUCUUCACCAUGGAGAACUGUUUCUACUUGUUGAUAUCGCAAGCAGUGCGUUACCUGCGGGAUCCAUCUGUUAACUCCCGCGACAAGCAGCGCAUGAAGCAGGAGCUCAGCUCUGAACUGAGCACACUGCUGUCCAGCUUACAUCGUUUCUUCCGAAGAGGUGGUCCUUCUUCACCUGCAGGAGGACAUCUGCCUUCCCCACAGACAAGACCAUUGACGUCUUCUGCACAGGAGCCUCUCAUCCAGCUUGUGCAAGCAUUUGUACAGCAUGUACAGAGAUAAACAAACAAUAUUCCACUGCAGCUGCUGCAAUGGGUAUAAAUUAAAUGGGUGUACAGACUGUGCCUCAUCUCUCUAACUGGACAAAACCUAAGCUAAAAUGUGUCCACAGGACCACAAGUUUACAACCACUGAGGAAGGACACAAAGCCUCGCCUUGUGUAGAGUGCCAAUAAUGCUGUUAUGUAUCUGCUCACAUAAACAUGGUUAGAAUGUGUAAACCUUUCAUUGCCCUGGAGCAGUGUGGUGAUUGGCUACUUGCACUCAGUUACCCAGCAUGCAGUGCAUAACUAAUUUGCUUGUGAUUUUUUUUUUUUUUAGGAUUAUUAUAAAUUUGCUGAAGUUGGUAAUGUUUCUAGUUUUGGAAGCAACUUUUUUUUGGAAACAUAUUUAUACUGAACUUAUAAGAAAUCUGUUUACAUAAUAUGUGUUUCAGAUCUGUUCUUUGCGUCCCAAUAGUGCAAAAGCAAAAAUUCAGUCCUGCAGGAAUGACUUUAAAUUUAUUAACAUCUAAUCAAACACAUACAGGCAAUAAAUAACACAUGAACCAAAAAAAAGAAACAA